AUGACAGUGAAGUUGGGAGACGGCGGCGGCGGGGAGGACGGGCUCAAGAGGCUGGGCAAGAGGUCGGCCGAGGAAGACUCGCUGGAAGGAGAGGGGCCCGGCGGCGGGGACGCGGCCGAGGAGAGCGGCGGCACAAAGAGGGACGGCAAGACCCCCCGGGACGGCGGCGACGGUCCCCAGGCCCCCUCGGGCGGCCCGCAGGCCCCGUCCCCGCCGCCCGCCUGCCCCCAGGAUCAGCACCACUUCCUCAGGUCCAGCGUGAGGCCGCAGAGCAAGAGGCUCAGGAAGGACUCGUCCUGCGCCGGGGGGAGCAGCAGUGCGGGCAGCUCCGGGCCCCGCGGGAAAGGAACUGAUGGUGGCGGAUCGUCGGCUGCAAAUGGGCCUGGGGUUGCCCCCGCUGCCCCUGCAGGGGGCUCUCGCUCCUCCUCCAGGAACCUGGGGUCUUCGAGUGGAGAGAAGGAGGAAGGCAAGAAGGUUCGGCGGCAGUGGGAGUCCUGGAGCACAGAGGACAAAAACACCUUCUUUGAGGGGCUGUACGAGCAUGGGAAGGACUUUGAGGCAAUCCAGAACAACAUCGCUCUGAAGUAUAGGAAGAAGGGCAAGCCAGCCAGCAUGGUGAAGAACAAGGAGCAGGUGCGCCACUUCUACUACCGCACGUGGCACAAGAUCACCAAGUACAUCGACUUCGACAACGUGUUCUCCCGUGGGCUCAAAAAGUCAUCCCAAGAGCUGUAUGGCCUCAUCUGCUACGGGGAGCUGCGCAAGAAGAUCGGGGGCUGCAUGGACGACAAGAAUGCCACGAAGCUGAAUGAGCUCAUUCAGGCUGGGGCCACCACAGUCCGGUACAAAGGGAGGAACCUGCGGAUCAAAGCACCCAUGUGCCGCGCCUUGAAGAAACUCUGUGACCCCGAUGGCCUGAGUGACGAAGAGGACCAGAAGCCAGUGCGCCUGCCCCUGAGGGUCCCUGUGGAGCUCCAGCCACGGAACAACCAUGCCUGGGCCCGCGUGCAGAGCCUCGCCCAGAAUCCACGGCUCAGGAUGAUCGUGGAGCUACAUCGGAAGGUCUCCAGCCUCAUUGAGUUCCUGAAGCAGAAGUGGGCACUUCAUGAAGUGCGAAUCCGGAAGACGCUGGAGGAGCGGCAGCUGCAGGACUCGUUCUCGGAGCCGUUGCAGGAGAAGGUGGCGCUGCACUUGUUCCCGGGCGAGAACUGCACCCUGACACCGCUGCCAGGUGUGGCCCGCGUGGUGCAUUCCAAGGCCUUCUGCACGGUGCACUGGCAGGAGGGCGGCCGGUGCAAGCAGAGCGCCAAGGACACCCACGCGCUGCCCCCAGCCCAGAUCCUGGGCAUCCAGAGCGGGCAGGGCACGGCCAGGGGCCAGCUGAAGUGCCCCAGGGCCGUUUCUGAGGCCAAGGCCGGGGGGCGGCCCCCUCCCUCCACCGAUGCCUCACAGAGCUCCGGGGAAAGUUCCCCAGAAAGUGCCCCUGGGGAGGGGGCUGCCACAAGUUUCAGCAGCCCAGACGCCUCCGACAGGCUCCCCCCGGGGCUGCAGGAUGCCGGGGGACGGCUUGAGAAGACCCCAGCAACUGCCACUGCAGAGGGCGGAGACGGCCCCGCCCAAGAGCCCGGGGCGCCAGUGUGUGCCUGCAGCCAGCUCCCAGAUCUGGAGGACGAGCUGUCCCUGCUGGACCCCUUCCCCCGCUACAUGAAGUCCUGCCAGGACCUCAUCAUUCCCGAGCAGGGCCGCCGUGCGGAUCCGCGGCCCAUGGCCUGGCCCUCCCCAGAGGCCCGUGGCACGGAGGGGGCUGACCUCAGCCAGGCCAGGGCCCCAUCCCCUGUCUGUGGCCCGCCUGGCCUGGAGCCUCAGCCCAGCCCCGGGCUCCAGCCAGACGUCUGCACUAAAGACUUGGCGGACGCACCUGUGGAGGAGCCUCAGGAGAAGGUGAGCCCCUCGGAUCCUCCACCUCAGGGCCAGCCUGCCACCAAGCCUCCGAAGGACGUCCCGGCCAGCCGGCUGGCCCAGCAACUGCGAGAGGAGGGCUGGAACCUGCAGACCUCCGAGAGCCUCACGCUGGCUGAAGUCUACCUCAUGAUGGGCAAGCCCAGCAAGCUGCAGCUGGAGUACGACUGGCUGGCGGUGCUGGGCCCAGACGCCCCAGGACCCCACGCCAGCCCACCGCCCGCCGCCUUCCACAAGCAGCGCCUUCUCAGCUGCCUCCUGAAGCUCAUCUCCACUGAGGUCAACCCCCGACUGGCUCCAGAGACGAACACUGGCUCCACAGCCUCUGUGAGGCCCGCCCAGGAGGAGCAGUCAACGACACCGCCAGGAAAGGUGGUGACCGUGAGCUCCCGCAGCCCACGCUGCCCCCGAAACCAGGCUGCCCUCCGCCACAGCAAGGCCUUCUCGCCCAGCUCCGUACCUUGCUCCUCAGGUCUGAGAAACCCUCCAAGGCCCCUCUUGGUGGCCAGUCCCGCCAGCACGGGCAGCAGCGACUCAGAUGGUGGCCUUUUUGCCGUCCCAACGACGUUGCCGCCCAACAGCCGGCAUGGGAAGCUCUUCUUUCCCAACAAGGAGACAGAGCUGACAUUCCGGCAGCACCUGAGCUCCAUCAGUAUGCAGUCGGACUUUUUCCUGCCAAAGCCCAGGAAGCUGCGAAACCGGCACCUGCGGAAGCCACUGGUGGUCCAGAGGACGCUGCUUCCGAGGCCAUCUGAAAACCAGUCCCACAACGUCUGCUCCUUCUCCAUCCUGUCGAAUUCCUCUGUGACCGGGAGAGGCUCCUUCCGGCCCGUCCAGUCCUCCCUGGCCAAAGCAGCUGUGUCCCGGCCAAUCGUGCCCAAGGUCCUCCCCGCACAGGCCACAGGCCCCCUGGCCAGUGCUAUCGACCUAGCAGCUAAAAGUGCUGGCAUCAUCCCUGGGAGCCCCCUGCCAGUCCUGGACACGGAUGGCUUGUCUGGCAUCGCCCCACUGUCUUCAGAUGAGGUGACGGCGGCUGUCACGGGGCCAGACUCCACCGGCCACCACCAGAAUGAAGACCCCCUCCCCGCUGUAGGGGCCACAAGUGACCCAUUCAUCAGCGUCCCCUCGAGGCAGGAGCCAAUGGCCGACGGUUUCCAGAACCCACCCGUUCUCUCCUUGUCCGAGCUGUCCAAGGCCCCUGUCCACAAUGGGCUCUCCACACCACUGCCCCCCUCGGACGCCUCCAGCACGCGGCUCUCCCCGCCUAAUGUCUCUGCCCUGCUGGACAUCUCCCUGCCCGGCCCACCUGAGGACGUGCUCUCGCAGGGAGAGCCCGCCACACACAUCAGUGACUCCAUCAUUGAGAUCGCCAUCAGCUCCGGCCAGUACGGUGAAGGAGUCCCCCUCUCUCCAGCAAAACUGAAUGGCAGCGACAGUUCCAAGAGCCUGCCCUCCCCGUCCAGCAGCCCCCAGCCAGACUGGAUCGCCUCUCCCACCCACGACCCCCAGUGGUGCCCUAGCGAUCCCACAGACUCAUCCCUCAGCAGCUUGUUCGCGAGCUUCAUCUCCCCGGAGAAGAGCCGGAAGAUGCUGCCCACCCCUGUCGGGACCAGCAGCGGCACCUCCCUGCUGGGCCCCAGCCUGCUAGAUGGGAACUCGCGAGACUCCUUUGUGUCCCGGUCCCUGGCCGACGUUGCUGAGGUUGUGGACUCACAGCUGGUGUGCAUGAUGAACGAGAACAGCGUUGACUACAUCUCUCGGUUCAACGACCUGGCCCAGGAGCUGUCCAUUGCCGAGCCCAGCCGCCGGGAGGCUCUGUUUGAUGGUGGGGGAGGCGGCCCCCCAGUCACUGACCUGUCCCAGUGA